GUCUUCACACCUCGUCUCUGACACCUCUCUCUCUCUCUCUUUUAAAACGUUUUUCAUCGGUGUAUGAUGGGCUUGUAAGAGUUUUCCUUUCUGCUCAUUUUGAUCCACGCGUUCUUCUCUCCGACCUUCACGCCAGAGUUGAGCGCUACGCUUCUGAGGCCGUAAAGGAUCUUUCUCCCCUUCUCUCUCGGAGAAGGAUUCUUAAUAUUGCUACAAUCAUUUUUUGUUUGUUUCCAUCUUAGCUACCCCACUGAAGCAGCGCUUAGCUCAGCUGUGCCACUAGUUCAUCUUCGUCAGUAUCGUCAUCAAAGAAUUUGGAGAACUGAAGCGACAGCUUUGCGUCUGCGACAUUUUCAGCUCCCUUUUCGAGUAUUGACCUCAUCUUUCCGGUGCUCUUGUAUGCCGUUUCGUCUUUCUCAGGAGGCGUGUCCCCACGCGUGGGACGAUGCGGCGAUGACCGCCCCGUACCCCGGCAAGACGGUGCACCGCGAUGAGUGCGCGUACUGCUGCCGCACGUGCCGCCACGGGGACGGUGUCUACGUCUGCAUGGCCUGCCACACCGGGGUGUGCGGCGAGCACCUGGACAAGCAUCAAGCCCUCCACGCCGCCCACGUCAUGUACACCACGGUGAAGGAGCUACCCACCAAGGAGGGGGAGGCGGUGAAGGAUGUCAACUACCUCGGUGUGGUCGCUGCGAAGGAGUACGCGACGGCGGUGUGCUGUGCGGACUGCCAGGUGCAGUUUGCGCAGGUGCCGGACCUCGCCGUGGAGGCGUACGGCGCCAUCAUCAACGCCCCUGUCCCCGGCGCGCAGGACAGCUCCGCUGAAAACGCACUCGGACGACUGCAGAAGCCGCAGUGCCCGCAUUUGGUGUGUCUGGAGCAGCUACCCAGCCCUUUCACCGCGGGCCCGCCGACGUCCGACGACGUGUGCUCGGUUGAGGGUUGCGACUGCUCUGUCAACAACUGGAUGUGCGUGACCUGCGGUGCCAUCGGCUGCCCACGCGCGGAGGCCGGCGGCAACGGCCACGCGAAGCAGCACUACGCACUGACCGGGCACCCUGCGAGUGUGAAGCUGGGCACCGUGACGGAGCAAGGGGCGGACUACUACUGUUACGCGUGUGACGACGACGUGGACGACGUCCACUUUGCCGCGCACAUGGCCCACUUCGGCAUCGAUAUCCGCACCGCCAAAAAGACCGCCAAGACGAUGGGGGAGUUGGAGUACGACUACUCCUCGCAGUUUGACUUCAAUAAAAUCACUGAGGCCGGCGCGAAUUUGGUGCCCGUCUACGGACCUGGCCACACCGGCAUGUACAACAUCGGCAACACCUGCUACCUCGCCUCGGUGGUGCAGUGCCUUAUGUCUUUCGCCCCCUUCCAGCACGCCUUCUACCCCGACAAGUCCACGCCGCACCAGGCGCAGUGCACGGCCGACCCAUACAACUGCCGCUACUGCCAGACGGAGCGGGUGGCGGCGGGGCUGCUCUCAGGCGAGUUCAGCCGUGAAGGGGCGGACGCGACCAACGCGAUUUGUCCGCGUCUCUUCAAGAAGGUGUUCGCCCAGCAGCACCCCGAGUUCUCCACCGGCGCCCAGCAGGACGCGCAGGAGUAUCUGCUCUACCUGUUGGAGGAAAUGCAACGCCACGUGCGGUGCCCCGCCACGACGUCGCCCAUGCACCCGACCGAUAGUAUGGAGAUGGUCCUCGAGCAACGGGUGCAGUGCAACAUGUGCCACAAGGUGCGCUACUCGUACGAGAAGGACAAGUGUCUGUCGCUGCCCAUCCCGGUCAAACCGGUAUCCGCUUCCACGAUGGCUGCCACCGCCACCGCGGUGAAGCUGACGGAGGCGGAGCUGGAUGCUGUGCGGCCCCGGUGCUCCCUCACCGACUGCCUGCAGGCCGCCAUAACGCCGAACGAAAUCGAGUGCCGCUGCGAGGCCUGCGGGGAGGCCGCCGUUUACUCCACCGUGACCCGUCUCGCCUCCUUCCCUGAUGUGCUGCCGGUGUACAUACGACGCACCUACUUCGACGCGGCGACCCUCAGCACGAACAAGAUGGACGCCUACGUGGAGGUGCCGCAGCAGAUCGUGCUGGACGAGUACCGCGGGAGUGGGCUGCGGGCAGGCGAGGCCCUCAUGCCCGCCGCGUCCGCAACGCCGACGCGGAAAGCCAAGACGGACGCCGGCGCCAACGCGGCCGCGCAGGAGGUGGAUGAGGUGGCCCUCGUAUCCGUCAUCAGCAUGGGCAUCGACCUGGACGUGGCCCGCUACGCCCUGCUGCACACCAGCAUGAACGUCGAGCGGGCCAUCGAUUACAUCUUCAGCCACCCCGACAUCGCCGCGGAGGCCAAGGCGGCCACAGAAGCGCCUGCGGAGGGAUCAGCACCAGCGGGGACGGCGCCCGCCGACGGUGCGACGACGGCAGCGGCGUCGAUCCCAAAAGCUGCCACGGACGGCGCCGCCUCGUACGAACUGACCGCGAUGAUCAGCCACAUGGGGGCCAGCGCACGCACCGGCCAUUACGUGUGCCACAUCCGCGACGCCGCCAGCGGGGCGUGGCUGCUCUUCAACGAUGAAAAAGUCGGUGUGUCGCAGAACCCGCCCUUCUCCAUGGCGUCGCUGUACUUCUUCCAACGAAAGGCGUGA